GCUGUCAUAGGAAUCACACAGCUCCCUUUUUCACAGCAGCAGCUCAGCCGUUCUGUCUGCUGCCUCCCGGUGCAGGCUGACGGGGGGAUGACGGGUGGCGUGUUUUCGGCAGCACAGUUAUCUGAGUGAUGGUAGCGGCCGUGGCGGCAUCGCAAUCCGAAGCAGGAGUUCUCCUCACCGCUCUGGCUCUUAGUCAUCUUCAGCCUCCUCUCUCCCUUUCUCAGAGUGCUAUCAGGGCCAUUCAUCGUUCCCAUCUCAUGCCUCCUGCCUCCUCCUCCUCCUCCUCCUCCUCCUCCACAGCUUCAUCCUCCACUUCUACUCCUCCUCUGAUGAGCCACAGCCUCAGAGUGAAAUAACCCUGCUGAUAGAAGCUUCUCUCUCUGUCAAGACAGUGCCAUGUGUGAUCGGCCAGUGCACCCCGUGGCAGUGGCAUCGCCCUGGAUUUGGCGAGCAGUAUUCCCUCCUGCUUGUUCUCUGGGGCUCCUCUGGGAAGCUUUCAUGGGAUUUAUCUCUUCCUGCUGGAUGGCACUGAGCUCUCUGCCUCUCUGAAAAGAGUCCACAGAGAAAACAUACACUACAAGGAUAAGAAGUAAAAUAAUUAUCCAAUCACAGCACAGGGAGGCAGACCGGGUUCCCUUAGCAACAACUGAAGGAGAGAAGAGAAUCCUUUUCUGUUUCUGCUCCCUUGGUUUUCGGGCACACCCCUGUGGACUGCUGUGGGUCAGUGUUUUCUGAGAGGGACUUGGAAAGCGCUGUUGCAUAAGACAAGCUGCCACCCGAAAUUCCAGGGGAAGGUGCUCAUUCGCCUCCUUGCCCCUCUUGUAACUGUGUCUCAUCGGCACCAUGAUUUUUUUGUUAUCCCUCCACAAAUUCUCAUCACAAGUCACGUUCUGCUGGCUUGGAAAUCAAUUCACUCUGAUCCCACGCCACCUGGAAUAAGCCCUGCUUUGGGGUGAGAUUGGACGCUCUGUGAGAAGACCCACACCUACCUUCCCUUCCUUUCAUGGACGAGUAUUGAAGGACAACAUGAUUAAGUCAUCAUCUGCAAAGAAAAUGGAUGUGGAGCAAAGUUUAUUUUGAUGCGAGUUUCUACUGCUAUUUUUCCUGGAGGGGGGAAACGCCACACAGCACAGAGGAAUACCCCCUUUUUUUCCCCCAAACAGGAUCUGUCAUUUUCUCUCUGAAAAGACAGAAGCCCUCAGUGAAGGACUAUAUUUAGAAGGCAAAUCUCGUCCCUGCUGGCCACUGAUAAUGUAGAACACGAUCAUUUUGAAUAUUGAGCCACUGCCGGGAGUUCUAUUUUUCUAUCUAUGCUGGAUAGCUUUCUCUAUGAAAGGGUUAAUAUGAACCCCUUUUUCUGCUGUCACUUUUGUAUGUUAGCCUGCCAUCAUGUCACUGUGUUUCACAAGUAAAAAAGGUUGCACCGGACAAGUGGAAGAGGGGAUAAGUCUCUUCCCUGUAUAGACCAGUGUUUUAAAUAGCAGCUCCUCGGGAACAAUUUCAAACGUACACACUGACACAUGAGAUGAGUUGGCUCAACACGAUUAUGUAAGAGUUUCGUACCAGCUUCAGCCCAUGUGUUUUGACUCUUCUUUUUCCAUGGAUUUACAGCGUUGGACUUUUCCCAUGCUCAUUUUCUCCUCUUUUUUGGAAGCAUCUACCAGAGGGCAUGGAUGUCAGAGUGUGACCCUGUGCCAAGUGUGCGGGCGAGGCAAGGUGUUUUGGCUGCCCAGGUGUUUUUAAGAUGUUGAGGUCUCCCUGCGUGGCCGGGGCCCCUGUUCGGAUCAGUAGCACUGAGGCUCCUUGUAGCCAAAGACAUGGACCCCGACUCGGCUCCCCCACGCCCUCAGCCUGUUGGCCACUGGCCCCACGUCGCCCUGUAAAGGAUGUCCCUCAGCAGAGCUCCGGCCCGGGACACCUCUGAGACCCCCAGCCCGAGAGAACGCAUCCGCAGCCACAUGAAGAUGGUGAUCGACCAGCUGGACGGCAUUCUCAAAGAGCUCAAGGAUGUGGCCAAGGAACUCCGGGAGGUGGUGGGUCAGAUCGAUAAACUAACGUCCGACUUUGACUUUGACCUGGAGCCAGAUGACUGGACGGUGGCCACAGCGAGCAGCACGUCCAGCAGUGAGCGAGGUUUGGGAGAGGCCUUUAGACUGGACUUCCUCAAUGCAGAUGUGCUUUCUGAUAGCUGGGAGUUCUGCAGCUACCUGGAGGCUGCUGGCGCGGCCGCCCGCAGACCUGGUGAGCAACCGGGAGAUCUGCGAGCGGAGCUGGGCCGCGGGACCAUCCCCACCCAGACGCAGACCCCCACCCCGCCCCCCUCCACUGCCUCGGUCUACUCCCAGAUGAACGGCGGGCUGCCCAUCCCCAAUGGGCCCCGCAUAAUCACUCCGGACUCGUCCAGCGAGGAGGCCAGCAGCUCCACGCACAGCCACAAGACUUCUCGUACUUCCGGGACAAGAGAAAGAGUCCGUUUCAGUGACAAAAUUCUGUAUCACGCGUUGUGCUGUGACGAUGAUGAGGAGGAGGAGCAAGAGGAACUACAGGAGGACAAGAGUGGCUGUGCGACGCCAGAUAGCGAUAGUGAACCCAGUCUCCUGUCGAGCUCAGUCACCCCCAAACGUUCUUCCUCUGAGCACUCACUCCUCCAUAACUGUCUGGACCCUUCCUAUGUCUCCUCGCCAAUGAAGGGGACGACGGGAGCUCACACACUACCCAGGAAAGGUCUCUUAAACCCCGGCUGCCGCAAAAAACUGUUACGAAAUAGCAGCACACAAACUGUCUCUGACAAGAGCACCCAAACUGUACUGCCCUAUAUUCCAACCAAACAGAAAACAAAGGACCACUGAGAAAGCCCUAAGUUUAUCAUAAAUCUCAUGAAGAGGACUGUGCAUUAUUUAAUAUUAAAUACAUAGCUCAUAGAUUAAUACACAAAUAAAUUAAUUACUAAAUAAAUAAAUGAUAUAUGGGAAAUCACUCGACUACCUAAAGUUAUUCUGAGGCUCAGGGAAAA